AUGAGUAUAAAAUAAAUAGGGAGUCCUAUUAUUAGCAAAUAAGAAGAGGAAAGUUCAAAUAAAAACUCUAAUAUAGAAUGUAUAGUUGAAGAAGAUUCUGCUUUGCUCUAAGUUAAGUAAGAAUACGAUGAUUAGGAUGAAAAUUAGAAUAAUAAUAGCAGCAAUAGCAGCACAAUAAAUGCAAACAAUUAAGGAAACAACGUUGGAGGAGGGAGAAGCAGAUCUUCAGGAUAAAAUUUAGAUGGAGGAAGCUUUAAUACCAAAAGAAGUGUUCCUGUAGUAAAGAUGUAUUAUGGUAAAAAGUAUGUAGUCGGUAUGUGCUCUCAACAAGAACAAGAAAUAGAAAGUGAAGAGGAAGAAAAACCUAUUCAUUACUAUCCACCCAAACUUAUUUUAUUGAAUUUCCCUCGCCCUCAUAACUAUGAUGCCUAGACUUAACUACUUCUUAUAGAGAACUCAUAAUUCUAAGCAAAAUUUUAGGAGAUGAAUUAAAAUUAAGAUAUAACUACAUAUUUAGAGCAACUUGUUGUUGGUAAUUCUUUAAAUUACACAGAAAAAUUAGAAGUUCGUCGCUUUUGGUUUUCUAGAUUUUUUGAGUACGCUUAGCGCUAUCCUCCUUGCUGUAGAAGAGUUAAAAAGUUUUGGGAGUGGGUAUUUAUGCUCAAUCCAGAGUCUAAUUUUAGAUGGCGUUUUAAAAGCUUUUCUUUACAGUGGAUUGAAUUGAUGACUUCAUAUGUAGAAUUCCGUGAGUUAUUUAGCAACUGGUUGGAAUCAUUUGAAUAAGACAUUCUGUCUGAAUUAUAAGAUGAGAAAAAAAAAUUAUUUAAGGCAUAACUUUAUUCUCGUUAUUUCAAAGAAUUACUUUAGAUGAAAAAUAAAAGUAGCUUUGCACCUGAUGAUUUAGAAUCAAGAGAAGAUAUGCAAAACUAAAUUAUGGAUGAAGGUGUUGUUAUCAAGCCAGAAGGAUACAAAGAAUCAUGUAUUUGUAUGAGAGCUGAACGUGAUAUGAGAAUUGGGAUUAUACCAAAAUUAAAUAAAGUCUAGUUCAAAUAUAAUAUGAAGAUUUUCCAUAAAAACGUAGAAAUAAAUAGUCUAUUCACUAUGAAGGAGGCUGAGUUACCAGUAAAUCCACCUCCUGAAGAAAAUUAUGAUGAUGAAGAUGAAGAUGAUGAUAAUAUCGAUGAUGACGACGAUGAAGAGGACAUUGAUGAUGAUGACGAUGAAAAUGAUCUUUCAAGCAUUGGCAAAGAAGAUGAUAGCAACUUAUCUUCUUAAUCAGAAGGAAGUGGUGAUUCAAAUAUGAUGAUGUCUUAAGACUCAUUAGCUAAUAAUAGUUAGAUUUAAAAAUUUAAAAAUUCAAUCAAGCCCUAAAUGGAGAGUUUUGCUAAUUCUAAUAACUAUGAUAAAUAAAAUUAAAUUCAAUCAAAAGAAGAAGAAAAUCAACUAAAAAAUGAAGAAAAGUAAGACACUUAAGAAAAAAUUAAUCAUGAUAAAGUUGUAGAUAAAGCAGAUUAAAACACUGAAAAUUAAAGUGCUUAAAAUAUAUAAAAUAUAAAUAAUAGUAGUAAUGUCAAUGCUUAGGUUGCUGAUAAUAGUAGUUAAAAUGGUGAAGAAUUAGACGUAAUAGCAACAGACGAGCAUAUGGACAACAAUUAAAGAAAUAAUAUAUUAGAUUGA